CGCUGUUUCAAAAAAGCGUCUUGUUGCCAUGGAAACCUGAAUGUUACUGCUUCACUUAGACAUGACGAAGUCCGUGAUGAGAGCUUUAUAUGGCAAAUCAACUUCCUUAAAUUUGAGUUCGAGGAAAAUAAAGGUCGUCCCUACUUGUAUUUCCAGAUUAACAAACCUGAAAAUCCUCCUGUUGAACAACAACUCCAUCAGCAGCCUGCCGGCGGAGCUGCUCGCGCUGCAACACCUUUCUGAGUUGAAUUUGGGAAAUAACGACUUCAAUGACAUUCCUGCUCCUCUGGGCCUCCUGGAGUCAUUGACCAAGCUCUACCUGUACAGCAACCGGAUUACAGCCGUGCCACCGGAUGUCAUACGUGGUUUACAAAACCUUGUUGUGCUUAAUCUGAACCACAACCAGAUUCAAAGACUUCCACCAGAGAUUAAAAGUUUGAGCCGGCUCCGACACCUGAGCGUGCUGGACAAUAAGCUGGAGGAGGUCCCCGUUGAGUUGGGUCAUCUCACCAGCUUGACCGAGAUAAACUUGACUUCCAAUAACCUGUCCUGGUUACCUCAGCAGCUGUACCAGUGUAAAGAACUAACCAAGUUACAUGUAGCCAGAAACAAGCUUACCUGCCUACCGGAGGGAAUCGGGGCUCUGGCCAAACUUCAAGUCCUGGACGUGGCCGGAAACAAGUUGUCCGUGUUCCCCGUUGAGUUUCACCUGCUGGCCCUCGGGGAGCUUUACUACGAAGGCAACAGGUUUGUGCGCUGUGAGCCGAUGGCCUCAGUGCGGGACGCACAGGUGCUCACGUUAAAGGAACUGGCUGCCAGGUUUGUCUUGCGUGAGGACAGGUAUCGGUCCUCCCGGGUGCACAUGAUGCUCCCCCACUACCCGACCCUGACCGCCCUGUUGGCCGAUGGCAACUGUUGUGCGCUCUGCCUGGAUCCCUUCCUCGCCACCUGGGUGGAGUGUGUGCGUUUUAUCAGCCUAAAGAAGGACAUGAAAAUGAGGAGUUCAAAGACAAUUCCAGUGCGCGCUCUUCUUUGUUCAUACAAGUGCCUUAAUACGGAUGGACACUCCUAUUACGCCGUUGCAACAAGAUAAAUACAACUUAAUUCAAAUGUACUCUUUAUGAUCUCAAUCACUGUCCCUCUCAUUCCUUUACACUAAAACCGUGGACACAGAUGUGUUAAUGCACAUAUUUAAUAACACACCUGGCAGCAGUGAGAUGUGCUCAGGUGUGUUAAUACGCUGCUAUGAUUUCCAGUGAAAGAGGAUUUUUGUCCCUCUAACAUCUCACAGGUGCCAUUUGACUUUGCAGUCACUAGGUGGCAUUCAAAGAACAUCAAAAACUGUCGUCCAUCAGGUCGGAUCUUACCUUAUUGCUUCACACAGGUUCAAUUGGUGGAAUAUAUUGUGGCUUUGUGCCAACUAUCACUUUUCUAUCCCAAAAAUAAAAUGAUCGCUUCAACGCUUCUGUUUACUACUGCAUACUAUACUUUGACUAAAACCGUUGUACGUGAAUGACAGGACUAAUUACAGCUGUGAUUUCCCCCCCUGGCUGGUCAGUGCAGGUAUUUCAUAUAUAAGAUGCAACCCUGUAGGUACUUAUACCAUAUUUGUUUAUGUUCUGUUUUUCUGCUCCACAUAUCCGGAGCAAACUCCCAGAACGCUGCAGGUCUGCUGAGAAUCUGAGCUGCUUCAAAUUAGAUUUGAAGACAUUUCUGCUUUUGUUUCCUUUUAUCAACAAUCUUCAACUGUAUACAGUAUUUAAUAAAUAAUAGUGUUUUUUUUAUUAAACUGCACUGCAACCUUUAUUCUACUUUGUAUCAUAUUAGCUUGCGUUUUAAAGUUCCCAUCAAUGUUCUUAAUUGUUUUUAGAUUUACUUUUCUUGUAUCUAAUAUUUUGAUGCUUUUAUUGUUUU